AACCACGAGACCCCUCCUCUGCCAGUUAGACGAAUAUUCUCAGACCAUUCGCACUGUCUCUCAUUUGAUUUUAAUGCAUCCUCAUGUCUUUGCGUCCUCUACGGCUGUGCAAAUCCUGGAUCUGCGUCAUCGAGAGACAAGAUCCUCACCGCCCAUAUAAGCAGGCUCAACUGGCAACCGCCACCCGAGUGAAUCGUGUUCCCACUUCUGAGAGAGAGUAUAGCACCUUCCUUAUUGCCCGUCUUCGAUAAACUUUGACUUUCGGAUUUUUUUUCUCGAUAGUGCUAGUACACAUGUGUUGUUCAUUAACUCAGCUCUUCUCUUCCCCAUCCUCCUCAUCUUAAGUAGCCUCUAGCCUCUCUUUCCCGGACGAGCCGUUCCGCCUUACACCUACCAAAUAUCACUAUUACUUGCAGAGAAAGUUGUCUUUGUGCAGAACGCUAGAACCCGUUCCGUGCCCUUCAUCCUCGCAAAGGAUUCCUUGCCACUUGUAAAUGUUGGCUGGCUCUCGGAGCAAUAUGCCUGGCAAUGAAGAACUGGAUCCUAUACCUACCACACCUAGUUCAGAACGACCACGAUCUUUCUUCGCCCGCAAUUCGGUCUCGAAUGGACGCAAUGCCGACGAAGAGGGGGAUAUUGAGGAGUCUGAAGAAGAGAAGGGCCAACAACCAACAAAAUGGGGUCUGGGAGUUCUAAACGAUCGAAGAACGAACGAAGUACCAGGAUCCGUCCUUCUCCUGGCCGGUCAGCGUAAUGAGCCUCUUGGCCUUCGAAAUGCCCCAGCCAGAACGUCUGCUUCCUCCUUGCCACAACAACCCGCAGUGCAAAGACGUAUACCCCGUACUUCUCAAGCAACAAAAAACAAGAAGACGACCAAAGAUGGAGCGAUCAUCCUCGAACCUCAACCAGACGACUCCAUUAAUGACCCCUUGAAUUGGCCGACAUUGAGAAGAGAUGCAGCUCUUUUUUCACUUGGCUUAUAUUGUAUGGUUGGAGGAGGCAUAACCCCAAUUCUGGCUGCGGGCUUUACCAAUGUCGCCGCAACUUACAAUGUUGCAACGUCGAAAGUUGCUCUAACGACUGGGUUGUAUAUGAUGGGAUUAGGAGUAGGCUCCGUACUCUUCUCUCCUACCGCGAUUCUCUUCGGCAAACGCCCAGUCUAUCUCUUUAGUGCUAUACUAUUCAUAUGCACUUCUGUCUGGUGCGCUGCUUCGCCAAGCUAUAAUUCCCUCUUGGUUGCCAGAAUAUUUCAGGGGAUCUCUGUCAGCCCUGUUGAAUGUUUGCCAUCCGCUACAGUGGCAGAGAUUUUCUUCCUCCACGAGCGCGCCUAUCGCCUCGGAAUAUACACUCUCCUGCUUCUUGGUGGUAAGAACCUGGUACCUUUGGUCAGUGCCGCAAUUAUUCAGUCGAUGGGAUGGAGAUGGGUAUUCUGGAUUGUUGCCAUCGUCGUUGGCUUCUGUGGAGUUCUACUUUUCUUCUUCGUUCCCGAAUCAUAUUGGGACAGAGCACCUGUUCCGAAGAGUCGGAAACAGUCCAAGAAUAGCCCCAGAUUUUCACUUUUCUCCUCCCACUCGCACACACAACAGAAAGAUUUACCAGUAGCCCAAGCUGACUCAAAUGAUGAACAUACAAAAAACCUGGAGAAGACAGCACCCCUUGGAUCUGCAAACGGAACUCUUCCAAAAAGACCAACUCCAGCCCACCGUAUCAAUUCAAUGCGUCAUGUUGGGUUUGCUCCCGAACAGAGUAGACACGGCGGUGAAGACGCCGCUGCAGAUCACGGCACCCCUGUCCCCGAGGGUGCCAUGAGCACUUUGGGUGGCGAAUCCUCAGUAGUGAAAGAUGCACUGGCUGAAGCUGGCCAAGUAACACCAAAAAGUGGCCUUGCCCCUUUGCCAAGUCUGCACAAUUUCAAUUUUCCUUGGUAUGAGGAUGUCGAAAGAGGUGCUAAUGAUUACAUCGCCUCCGGACUUCAAGAGAAAAACGGCGAGAUGAACAAUGAUAGAGGAGCAUCAUCCCCACUCGAGCAGCCUCCGCCUGCGCUUGUCUAUACCAACAGUCUCAGAAAUCGUCCUCGCCUAACAUUCCUUCAAACCUUGAAACCCUACAAUGGCCGAUUGAGCCAUGAUAGUUGGUUUCGAGUUGCAGUCAGACCAUUCAUUCUAUUUGCAUACCCUUCUGUUCUGUGGUCCGCAGUGGUCUAUUCCUGCUCAGUUGGGUGGUUAAUCGUGUUGUCAGAAUCCGUGGCAGUGAUCUACCGCAGCCGCACUACCUAUGGAUUCUCCGCUCUAUCAACUGGUCUCAUAUACAUCUCACCCUUCAUCGGCGGUAUACUUGGAACAGCGGUCGCGGGGAAAGUUAGCGAUAUCAUUGUCCGAGCUAUGGCCAAGCGUAAUGGAGGUCUUUAUGAGCCCGAAUUCCGUCUUGUUAUGGCAAUUCCAAUUACUAUCAGUACUGUGAUCGGUCUCAUGGGUUUUGGCUGGUCAGCCUAUGAGCACGAUGCCUGGAUUGUCCCUACAAUAUUUUUUGGCAUAAUAUCGUUCGGAUGCUCAUUAGGCUCAACGACUGCGAUCACGUUCUGUGUUGACAGUUAUCGACAGUAUGCUGGCGAGGCGUUGGUGACACUCAACUUUAGCAAGAACGUCUUUCACGGCUUAGUAUUCAGCUUGUUCUUCACCAAAUGGCUUGAGAACGAUGGCUCGAAGACAGUGUUCAUCUACGUUGGUGCUAUUCAACUCACUCUGAUGACUUUUUCGAUUCCGAUGUAUAUUUAUGGGAAGAGGGCUAGAAUGUGGACCGUCAGGAAGAACUUGAUGGAGAAAUUUUAAGCUCGCUGUACUUUGAGGCAGUUGAGCUACGGAUUAGCGUUCGCUUUGCUGGCGAGCAUUGGAGUUGGGAUAGAAGGAUAACUCACGUGAGCAUUGCAAGGAGUUUGGGAUACCAUGCCCCUGGAGACACAGACACUUUUUAUGCAAUGAAUUUGCCGCUUCUCUUGAACCCUUACUCGGGAUUCUUUGGAUGCUUUUAUUGGCUGGAUAGCCGUUACAUGUAGUUGGCAGCCCAACAAUAUUCUUGAUGUCGACAAACAUUACCUGCUUUGAAUUGGACAUUGCACAUCCACAGCUAGUCAACUUGUUCUAGAACUCUAGAGAUGCUAAAGUAUGAUGUUUCGAAC